CGCGUCUGUUAACCGUGUCGCUUGCCGUUCACGGGUGUUUCGUCGUCGAUCUCGGAGAUCACCAUAAUACACAUUAAUAAUACUAAUAUUCAAUCGUACGGUGACUGAUCGUACGACGCAUCAACCAUCAACCAAUUGUAUAAAAUCGUUUACGAGUACGUGUGAAACGCGCGAAACAUUCAAACGGACGUCGUCCCAGUUUCAGCGAUCGGUCGGUCGUUACUUGUAUACGCGGUAAACGCGUUCCUACGUUCAGACCGGACCGCGUUCGGCAGCAGGUGCUGGCCCUGGCCGUCGGGCGGCGGUGAUAACGCGGCGGCGGCGGCUACGACGGCGAUCACAACAAUACGACAUGAAUCAGUUGUUGUGCAUUGGUGACCCGAGUCAGAACGUCAUGGCCGAGAGCAAGGGAUCCCUUAUCGCCAAAUCCGUAUCCAAACACGCUGGAAGGGCCAAAGAAAAGUUUCUUCAAAACUUGGGUAAAGUUGAUCGGACUGAAGAUGAGAUUUUUAACGAACAUUUACAAAAUUUUUCAAAACAGCAAAAUUCGGCAAAUAAAUUACAAAAAGAAUUCAACAACUAUAUUCGAUGUGUCAGAGCUGUACAAGUAGCAAGUAAAAGUCUGAUGGAUACGUUAAACGAAAUGUAUGAAAGCCAGUGGGUUGGACAUGAUCACAUGUGUACCGAUUCUAACAAUUUGGACAUGCUGUGGAGCGAUUAUACUCACAAGUUAGCCGAUCAAGUGCUCAUACCGUUGAACACAUACCAAGCUCAGUUCGCUGAAACACGGAAAAAAAUCGACAAACGAAACCGAAAACUAGUUGAUUACGACAGCCAAAGGCAUAGUAAUCAAUUGGCUAACAACAACGGCGUUGGAGGAGCUGGCAAAAAAAAAGACGAAGCAAAAAUGAUGAAAGCUAAAGAACAGUUCGAUGAAGUUAAGCGAAAGUUCGACCUCAUUAACACUGAGCUGCACGACGAAUUGCCUGCUUUGUACAACUCUAGGGUGCUAUUUUUGAUCACAAAUCUGCAACCAUACUUCGCUGCCGAACAAUUAUUUCACAGCGAAUCAUCUAAGGUAUUUUCUGAAAUGGAAUCAAUCGUUGACAAAUUGGCCACGGAUUAUCAACACCAGUCAAAAAUGCUUAACUAUUUCUUAGGAAACAAAAAGCCCUCAAACAACGUCGCUAAUAACAUUCAAUCUGCAUCACAGUCGCCCGUGUCUCCGAUAUCCAUGAAUGAAGAAGACGUUGCGAAAUCCCCGCCCUCGUCACCCGCGUCCCCUCAAAACACGGCAUUUGUAAGUAGUAGUAAAUCACCGUCAUCGCAACCCGACAGCAGUAACAAUGAAGUGCCAUUGGUGGCAUCGAAAACUCUGUUAGAAGACGAAUCGGUGCCUUCGUCGCCACCGUUGCAACAGCAACAACAACAACAGCCUUUGGUUAACGGCAAGAGCAGCUCAUCACCGGUAAACGGUGUUGCGCCGGUCAGACACGAGAAUGGCAUCAACAAAAACAUUGAGAUCGACAUACCACCAGGAGCUACUACGGAUAACUUGCCACCCGGAGUGCUUUACAGAGUGGUCGCAACUUACAAGUACGAUGCUGAAGACACGGACGAGCUAUCGUUUGAGAAGGGCGAGAUCAUCAGCGUAGUACCUUACGACGAUCCAGAAACGCAGGAAGAGGGCUGGUUGAUUGGUAUCAAAGAAAACACAGGAGAGAAGAAAAUGUUCCCUGCCAAUUUCACCAGACCCUUGUGAGUGCCGCACCGUCGUAAGCGCAAGGAGAUCAUGACAAAACCUAGAAUCUUGAAGUACUGUUUCUGGAUGUUUGUGAUUCUAUUUUAUGUUUUUAUGUCUUUGUUUAUCUAUACAAAUGAGAUUUGAAGUCGGGGUUUGACCGACCGUCACGAAACGCGCUGCAACGACUAGUUCUUAUGACAAAAUUAUUUUAUAAAUUAAAAACCGCCCUUAAGUUU